AGAUUGCUAACUGAUGAUAAUAUGCGAAGUUAUUAUCCGCCAUUUUAAUCGAGGCCGAUGUAGAUUUUGCCUUAUCAAUUGUUGUUGUUGUCUGUUGACUUGUGUACUGUACUACUGUGAAAACUCAAAACUGAGUAGUUGACACUGUUGACAGUAUUGUUGUGUUCUGUUUUUUGCAAUAGGUAUAUUGUUUUGAGACUUAAUAUUUUUAUGCUAUUUUUCCAAUUAUGCCAUAUAAGUGCUGUGCUGAUGGAUGCAGUAGCAAGGACGGGGUUGUUGGUUCAACUACAAAAUUAUUUAGAUUUCCAAUCGAUGAGUUAAGGAGACAAAAAUGGGUGCACUCUAUCCAAAGAGAUAACUUCAUUCCAACAAAAUUUUCACGCUUAUGCAGUCUCCAUUUUAAUAAAAGUGAAUUUGUUGAAGCCCCCGAAAAACUUAUAUUAAAAAAUACAGCUAUACCAUCCAAUUUCGAUUGUUCCAAAAAAGCAAUAAAAUGUUUAAGCAGCAACAAAUUUGAUCACAAUUAUAGUUCUUCAGUUUCUUCUUCAUCAAAUAUAAUUAAUAUAAUAACUACUUCUCCUAAUUUACCUAUUGAUUCUGGUGUUGAAAAUGCUGGGUGUAAUUAUGAAGUUGUCGAUCUGACUUUUAUUGGACCUAAUUCCAGCCAGUCACCUCAUACCCCUACAUAUACACCAACACUUAAAAGAAAAUUUAAAAAAAAAUUGUUUGAUACACCAAAAAAAGCCAACCUCAAAAAGCGAAUUAAACUUUUACAACAAACGGUUAGAAGGCAGAACACAAAAAUAAAUUCACUUGAGGUAUUUACGUAAAUGCUAACUGAGAAAGAUUGGCUUAGUCUUAGUACACACUUAAUAAGUUAUUAUAAUAUGUGAAAUGCCUCUAGUGAUUAGUGAUGACUGAUUACCGGAUGAGUGAAACUUAACUGUAUAUUUAUAUAUUAAUAAACUAUAUUGUAAUUUUUAUUAAUAAAAAUUAUUCUUAUCAGCAA